AUGGUAGGUAGUAAUGAAGUCAGCAUCGACGAGACCCCUCUCUCCGCAUCUCCCGAACGUCGCAGUUCCCUGGAGAAACAUCUCCAGAGACGUCCCGACGUGCAGGAUCUCAAAGACAGACAUAUCCUGCUGGAUACGAAUGUUGCUCCUUCCCUCCAAGCAACCCGCCAAGAACUCGCCCGCCAACGCACGACAGACGCUUUGAAGAAACAUCUUGAACAUCGGCCGGAGAGAGAGGAGUUGGUUGAGCGAAACAUCCUCCCCACCACCCACGCCGCCCCCGCACUGCAGGCGAAUGCCCGUGAGCUCGAGAAACAUAUGUUGGCUGAUCACCUGGACCAAAAGAUUCAGAAUCGGCCCAAUCCCGAGGAUUUGAUUUCACAGGGUAUUUUGACGGAGGAUGAGGACCCGAGGUUUCCGGCUGUUUAGACUGAAGUAGUGGUGUGAUUGAUGAUGAUGUUGAUGAUGAUGGGUAAUGGGUGGAUGGAUAUGGUGUUUGGUGUUUUAUUUUAUUGAUUUGGUUUGAUUUGAGUGCUUCUGAUUUAUGAUGGUUGUUUCUGAA